CCAGGCUAUCGGCCCUUGUUCCUGUACGUCUUCAGUCUUUCUCGUCGCUCGUCACACGCCAGCUCAUCGCUCUCGUUGCUUGGCCUCCUUAUGCAGACUCUAUUUUCAUCUGACUUUCCGUCGAGGCUGAUCGAGUAGCGUCCAGGGUACGCAACAGUGCAGGCGACCAGCAUAUUCAAUUUCUGUGAGUCUCUUUCGUCCUCACUUGGUAGAAGUAGGAGUCGCCACAUCCUCUUACCCUCCGCGUCUGUCACCCCGACACUGCCACGAGGCUCUGCCCACCUGGUAACCACGCCAAACUGCACCACAUUCAUCGUGCCCUUGCUCCCUCAAUCAGCGCACCGCCGUCCUUUGACGCUGACCUUUCUGGCUACAGUGCCAUCCCCGCAAACCGACCGCUUUAGACUCCUUUUCCAAUCAUGCAGACGAUCAAAUGCGUAGUUGUUGGCGAUGGUGCUGUGGGAAAGACUUGCCUCCUCAUCUCUUACACAACCAACAAGUUUCCCAGCGAAUACGUCCCGACUGUCUUCGAUAACUAUGCGGUGACUGUAAUGAUUGGAGACGACCCGUACACAUUAGGACUCUUCGAUACCGCUGGUCAGGAGGACUACGACCGACUGCGUCCACUAUCAUAUCCUCAGACCGACGUGUUUCUUGUGUGCUUCAGCGUGACAUCUCCUGCUUCGUUCGAAAACGUCAAGGAAAAGUGGUUCCCGGAAGUGCACCACCACUGCCCUGGCGUCCCGUGUCUCAUUGUCGGCACCCAAGUGGAUCUGCGGGAUGAUGCCCAAGUGAUCGAGAAGCUCUCCAGGCAAAAGCAGCGCCCUAUUGCGAAUGAGCAGGGAGAGAGGCUCGCACGUGAACUGGGCGCUGUGAAGUAUGUGGAGUGCUCGGCUUUAACGCAGAAGGGCCUCAAGAACGUGUUUGAUGAGGCUAUUGUCGCUGCCCUCGAGCCUCCGGUUGUUAAAGGCAGGAGUAAGACGAAGUGCAUUAUCGUUUAGGCAAACUGUGGCAGACGCGUGAUGCUAGUCUUCAUGGGCUCAUUUACGAAUUACUAUUACGACGCGACUGCCUUGACUCUCCUGGUAUUGUCGUAUAUCCACUACUUUCUCUUUAUCUGCUUUUCUAGUUAAAUUCAUAUCUUCCUGUCUGGUCUAUGCUCAACUUAUGGUCGUACCCUGGCUCCUGUGGGAUUCUACGGAUGCUCCAUAUUUUGUCGCGAGCAGCCUGCAACAGAGGCUGGAAUAAUUAUUCCUCCUUCCACCAGU